UCCUGUGCUCUAUGCGUCAGCUGUCAAGCCGUGCACACGCACAUUACUGUACUGCCUCUAUGCAAGAUUUGUUUGGACACAGAAUGAAUCUGAAAUUCCAGAGAGACGGGGACACCCACAAAGUAUGGUGACUAAAAUAUGACGACUAUCGACCUGGACUAAAGUGACUCAGUGACAAGGAAGAGGUUUGAUAAAAGCUUAACGUUAUGUUUGUUACGAGGAGAAAGGGGGAGAAGAGGUUUUCCGGGUCGCAACGUUGCAGACAUGCUAAUAAGCUAGCCACGGAGUUCUACAACCGUUAGCUCAGCUAGCUAGCAUGCUAACAAACUGAUGUAGCAACGGCUGUGGGGCAGUUGGGGAAAUGCGGUGUGAGCUUGUCUGGAGGUCUUUGUUUUUGUUAACACUUGUAUUUUGAACACUAACCACUAUGGCGUCACGCGACAGGCGCUGUGUAGUGAUACUGUGAGCUUUAAUGCGAAGAGGCGGAGGUCGUGAGUUUGGGUUGUGCAGGUAACGGUAGUUAUGAGCGGUUUCAACAUUACAACCAAAACCUCCGCGUUAAACUCUCCUUUGAACACCGACGGCAACGGCUCGCCGGUCGGCGUCGGCGCCAGAAACAACAACCGGGACUGGGCUCUGGGGAGCGAUGAGUUCUCGUGCUGUUACGAGAUGAGUCCCAUGGACGACACGAUGCAGGCGGGGAUGUCCUCGGUCCAGUCGGGACUGGACGGACACCUGCCGCUCCUAUACGCCGGACACUGCGGCACCCAGGACGGCUUGAUGUUGGACCUGAACUCGCCGGCGGCCUUCCUCGACAGCGGCCCUCCGGACUACAGCGGCGGCAACAUCGCGGGUCCGCUGUUCGAGAGGAGGAAGAGGUCGCGGUCCAACAGCUCCAGGCAGCGCUUCAACGAGGUGGUCACGGAGCUCGGUCCGGAGGAGGUGCGUUGGUUCUACAAGGAGGACAAGAAGACGUGGAAGCCGUUUCUCGGCCACGACUCGCUCAACAUCGAGCACAUGUUUCGAAAGUACUGUGAGCGGAACCCCAGCGCGACGGGCGAGCGGGUCGACGCCGACAACGAGGAGGACCGCGGGGACAACUGCGAAGAGGGCAGCGGACUCAACGGCGCGGUGUCGCCGGAGAUGAGGACCGGCAGCGCGCACGGGUCCGCGGUGUCCUCCUCCGAGGACAGGGACCCCGACGGGGUCGAGAUCAACGUCGAGCCCGUGUGCGUCCGGGGAGGGCUGUACGAGGUGGACGUCAAGGAGAGGGAGUGCAAACCCGUCUACUGGAAACAACAAGACAAUAUUCCAGUGAUUAGGGGCCAGUGGUUUAUCGAUGGCACCUGGGUCCUGUUAGAGGAAGAGGAAAGUGACCUCAUCGAGCAGGAGCACCUGAACCGUUUCCGCGGGCAACAAAUGCAGGACACCUUUGAGACGGAUGUGCUGGUCAGGACCGUCGACAGCAAAGACGUUCUCUCCCACCUGCCCCCUUUCUACCUCCCUUUUCUGUUCAAAUGGAGUGGAUAUCAGACGGGUGCUAAAACUACAUGUCACAAGCGCAAACGCUGCCAAGCCAUCCACCAUCUGAAGCUGAGUCGGACCCAUGUGGAUUGGCACAGCGUGGAUGAGGUAUAUCUCUACAGCGAUGCCACCACUUCCAAAAUUGCACGCACCGUCACCCAGAAACUGGGCUUCUCCAAAGCCUCCAGCAGUGGAACGCGGCUCCAUCGGGGUUACGUUGAGGAGGCCUCGCCUGAGGACAGACCCCCUCAGACCACACACAUUGUCUUUGUCGUUCAUGGGAUUGGACAAAAGAUGGACACAGGACGCAUUAUUAAAAACACUGGAAUGCUGAGGGAGGGUGUGAGGAAGAUGGAGGAGAAGCACUUUUCGGAGCACAGCGGCGAGCAUGUCGAGUUCUUGCCUGUCGAGUGGCGCUCCAAACUGGCACUGGAUGGAGAUACGGUUGACUCCAUAACUCCAGACAAAGUGAGAGGACUGAGAGAUCUACUCAACAGCAGCGCCAUGGACAUCAUGUACUACAACAGCCCCCUUUACCGGGACGAGAUAACCAAGGGCCUAACACAGGAGCUAAACAGACUGUACACACUGUUCUGCUACCGGAACCCCGAAUUUGAAGAGAGGGGGGGCAAAGUUUCAAUCGUGUCCCACUCCCUCGGCUGCGUCAUCACGUACGACAUCAUGACGGGAUGGGAUCCUGUGCGCUUCUGCCAGCAGGAGCAUCACGCUGUGGAGGAGGAGCUGGACCUGCGCUGGAUGUCCUACGAGGAGAAGCACAUUUUAGAGCAGCUCCAGCUCACGAGGAAAAGGUUACAAGAGCUGGAAAGCCAACUCCUCACCCUGGAAGCCUCAAAACCUCCCGCACGCCCAGCCCUAAAAUUUAAAAUUGAGAACUUCUUCUGCAUGGGUUCUCCUCUGGCCGUGUUCUUGGCCCUCAGAGGGAUCCGGCCUGGUAUCAGCUGCCACCAGGACCACAUUCUGCCCACCUCCAUCUGCAGCCGGUUCUUUAACGUCUUCCAUCCCACAGACCCCGUGGCCUACAGACUGGAGCCCCUCAUCCUCAAACAUUACAGCAAUGUUGCACCUGUUCAGAUACACUGGUGUAGCGCCAUAAACCCCACACAUUACGAUGAGCUCCGGCCUACCUAUCUGAGCCCGGUUAAAGACCCGCCAUCCGACACCGAGAGCAUCCCCAGCCCGAGCACUUCUCCAGUACUCGCCCGCAGGCACUAUGGAGAGUCCAUCACCAACCUGGGCAAGGCCAGCAUAAUGGGAGCGGCAAGCAUAGGGAAGGGCAUCGGAGGCAUCCUCUUCUCUCGUUUCUCCCGCUCCAACAGCCAGCCAUCAGUCUCUUUAGGGCUGGAGGGAGGGGCCAACACUGAGGAAGACGAGCAGAAGCGGACAGAAAGCCAGUCAGCAUACGGCCUCUCCACCCUGAUUCGACCCACGUCACCAGUUACUGACACAUCACUGGAGCUGGAGCGGCGCAUCGACUUUGAGCUCCGGGAGGGUCUCGUGGAGAAUCGCUAUUGGUCAGCGGUGACAUCUCACACGGGUUACUGGUGCUCACAUGACAUAGCCCUCUUCCUGUUGACCUUCAUAUACAAGCAGAAGACGACACCUUCUGACCCGGCAGGAGAUACUCCGGAUACGCCAGACUGAGGCGGCGUAUUCGUCACACUCCAGACACCAAAAUAAACCUCAGUUUAUUUUCAUGCACACAGACUGCUCAACCACAAUAACAAUCUUCCUUUUGAGAUAUCUCUGUGUGACCACACGCUUUUCACUCGUGGGAAUCAUUACUGACGUACUGACUGAAAUCCAAGAUGUGCAUUUUUGUCUUUGUUUUUGUGUGGUUUGUACACAGUUGUGCACCCUAAGGGUGACAAUGUUGGACUAGGAACCCCUAAGGAGGUUCACCUUUGCCAGUAUGGCCACAAGCAAGACAUAAACAUUGAAUAAGACCAAUAAGUUUAAUCCAGGACAAAUAGUUUGAACUUCACCCCCAAGUCUUUGACCUUUAAACUUCUCUUAAACCCCCUCCUCCCGCCUUGUGACACACGCCUGGUCACGGGGACUUUCAGUUCUGUUCUAUUUGCGUCUUUUUUUUACUUUUGGAAAUUGAAGUUUCAUUCAAUCUUUAAACUAAACCUUUUAAGUUACUAGAUAAAAAAAAGAAUGCUAACAAGUAAAUGCAAUGCCUUUCAAAACUAUCCAAAUACUUUCAAUCUUGCAAAAAGUCUGUUACAUUUUCCUAACAAAGACUGAGGACAUUAACCCUUUAAUAAUGCUUAUGAGGUAUGAAGAAAGACGUAAAAAUGAUUAUAUUGUCUGCCUCUAUAUAACAUUGCAUCUUUGAAAAGACAUGAACAAAGCGCCAAUUUCACGCACUGUCAAACAGUAGAUUUUCUCUUUUAACGCAGCCGGUUAAAAAAAUGUGUUUUACUAACAGACAGUUUACAGGACAGCUUUAGCGCCCAUGAAAUAUUUGUUUUGUAUACAAACGUUUACAACCGCAUGAAUUGCAUUAGUCAAUUAUUUUCCUACACCCAAUUAUUAUUUAAUUUUUUUACAUUGAUGUCAUUAACAACACUAGAGGUCUGACACAAAAGAAUCACAGUCAUUUAAACUACUGCUUCUAUGUUAAGCAUAAGUUACAGAGAGGAUCUUCUCUGCUGUAUCUUUAUAUUGAUACCCAAAUGAAAUCAGGGGUACUAGAUGUAUUUUUUCUUAAAAAUAAAUAUAUAUACAUACAUAUAUUUUUUUUCUUGUGAUUUUCAGGAUCUUAUAUUAACCGAGAGUCAUCUCUGGGAAAAUGGGAUUCAAACCUGCGGCCAAAUAACAUUAAUGUGUCUAUCUUAUUAGCGACGUGGCAUUAGUAAUUCAAAGGCAUACAUCAUGAAAAAGUAACUGACCUGGCGUUAAAAUAGCUUCUUUAUUGUUUUUGGAUCUCUUUUGCCUUGUGACCAAUUUUCCCUUUCCUCAUUUGAACGAUGGACAUGUCGGCUUGUCUCUUUAUUUCUGUGAAAGAAGGGUUUCUUUAGUCCUAAAAAAAAGCCAGACACCAGACAGUGUGGAAAAUAAAAGAAAACAAAUAUGUUGACAA